AUGGUCAGCUACGAAGCCAUGAACCAUCAGAACCCGGAGAUGUACUACCCCCAGCAUCUUUCUGGGGGCCAGCCUCCGCCUCCCCAGACCGUCACUUCAAACAACCUCACCUCGUACCAGCACCCACCGCAUCUGAUGCAACCCGGGCCUGGCAAUUACAGCAAUGCAAAUCCAUACGGCCAGUACUCUCAGUACGCAAGUGGCUUGACGUCGCCUUCGGCCGCUCAGGCAGUGUCAAACUCCAUCGGUGCCCCGUCUUCAGUCCUACCUCUGCCUGGAGUUGCUGGACAGGCGUCAAUGGCUAACCACUACGCCGGCUUUGACACCACCGGACAAAAUCCCCCUCCUGGCAUGAAGCCACGGGUUACCGCUACGUUGUGGGAGGACGAGGGCAGCUUGUGCUUUCAGGUCGAAGCCCGGGGAAUUUGCGUUGCUCGACGUGAAGACAACCACAUGAUCAACGGUACAAAGCUGUUAAAUGUAGCCGGCAUGACUAGAGGUCGACGAGACGGUAUCUUGAAGAGCGAAAAAGUGCGCCAUGUCGUUAAGAUCGGCCCUAUGCACUUGAAGGGUGUUUGGAUUCCUUACGAACGAGCUCUUGACUUUGCCAACAAGGAAAAGAUCACCGAGAUGCUCUAUCCGCUGUUCGUGCACAACAUUGGAGCUCUGCUCUAUCAUCCCACGAAUCAGACCCGUACUAGUCAAGUAAUGGCAGCAGCUGAGCGCCGUAAACAAGAACAGAGCCAUAUACGCCCUCCACCCCCUCCCCCCGGCUUGCCAUCUAUCCAGCAGCACCAGCAAAUGGGUCUUUCUGGCUCACAGACGUCUCUCCCCUCUCACAGCGGUAUGACCAGCCGUCCAACCCUUGACCGGGCUCAUACGUUUCCCACACCACCUGGCAAUGCCGGCGUAGGCAGCAUGGGUACUUCGGAUAAUUUUGGUUGGCAAGGCCAAGCAAUGAAUGGUGCGCCAGGCACCAACACGCUGGCCAUCGAAUCCGGCAUAAGCAGCACACGCUCAAUGCCAAACACGCCGGCUACGACGCCCCCCGGUCAGCCGAUUCAGAACAUGCAACCCUACCACCAGGCCAGCCAGGGCUAUGACAACUCCCGCCAGAUGUAUGGUGCCUCUGCUUCUCAGCAGUCACCGUAUCAAAACGCGAAUCCUGCCAACGACCGCAUCUAUAGCCAGACUAGCUCAUACGCCAAGAGCGGUAUGGGACCGCCAUCCAGUCGACCAGCCCCGCCUGGUCAAUCGACAGAGCAGCAUGAUACCAAACCUGCCAACGGUAUCAUGCCAUCUGAGCAGUCUGGACACGGUCAAGAAGAAGAGGGGGAACCUGAGCAUGAGGCAGAAUAUACCCAUAACAGCGGUGUCUACGAUCAGUCUCGCUCCUCCUAUAACUAUACGGCACCAAGCAUUGGCAACUUGGCCAACGACGCGAACAUCAAUCCUGAUAUGACCGGGUCUCCCGGCCACCCCCCAAGUUCCGGGCGAGCGACACCUCGAACGGCGGCUCCGCAUCAGUCAUACUACCCCCAGAACAAUGGCUACAACACGCCCCCUCGCGUCCAGCAGACGACCAGCAACCUCUACAAUGUUGUCAGUAAUGAUCGAGGGCAGGCCAAUGCUGGUCCGGGUGGUGACGUCUAUGCACCUGCUGCCGACAUGUCCAACUCUAUUCCCAAUGGCUAUGCGCCACAGCCACCACUGAUGAAUGGUGCCUCGGGAGGCAUGAAGCGGGGGCGUGAAGACGAUGAGGACUUGUCGCAAUCUGGAAGCGAAGCCAAUGGUAUGAGCAACGGAGACCUCAAGAGACGAAGGACCAUCAUGGAGACAUCUGUGCCAGCUCCAGCCUACGACGCGCUCAACCGACCGGCUUCUGCCAUUACAGCACCUAGGAGGCGGUGA